UCUAAGGAAGUUGAUACAGAAGAUUGUUUGCACUUUAUUCCAUUGUUUAAUAGAUGGUCAGAACUCGUUGAGAUGUAGAGGAAUACUGUGUGAUAUAGGCGUUUCUUGCUAAGUGAUACUGGAUAAUCAAGAUGCGAGUUAACAGAUAUUAACGUUUGCACCACUUAAUUACUGGGAAAAUGCUAACUGGGAAACGAAAGUCGGGUAUCAUCGUCACUAAAGUGGUUGUCGUGGUGAUAUUGUUGCUAAUCACGUGUCAGUACCUAGCGAACGCGCUGCUGUACAGGCACCCUCAGUUUCAACUGUUGGUGCUGAAGGUGUUCAAUGCCUCUCUGGUUAUGAGCCAUGGUAGUGAAGGCAGUAACAGCAGCAUGGCCCUUGUCCGGCAGAUGACCGGAAACAGUACCAGCAACGCCACCAUGGAGCUUUGUCCAGUAAUUCCACCAGCUUUGAAGGGCCACAUUGAGGUAAGAAAGCAGAUUCCCUCAUGGACAUCCUUAAAGCGUCGACUAACUUCUCUUAGUCCCGGGGGUAGGAUGCGACCACCGGGAUGCACGGCGAGGACCCGCGUCGCCAUAGUGAUUCCGUACAGGAACCGGGAGAUCCAUUUGAAAAUAUUUCUCAACAACAUCCAUCCUUUCCUUCAGCGACAACAGCUCGACUAUGGGAUAUAUAUCGUGGAAAUGGCCGCGAACAUCACUUUUAACCGUGCGUUGUUAAUGAAUAUUGGGUACAUGGAGGCACUGAGGGAGUACGAUUACGACUGUUUCAUCUUUCACGACGUGGAUCUAAUUCCCGAGGACGAUCGCAACCUGUACACAUGUCAACACAGUCCGCGCCACAUGUCAGUAGCCAUUGACACCUUCGACUACAGGUUGCAAUACCCGCAGUUGUUCGGUGGGGUGACGGCGCUGUCCCGUGAGCACUUCCGGCUUGUGAACGGCUUUUCAAACCUGUACUUCGGUUGGGGCGGCGAGGAUGACGACAUGUUCAGAAGGGUUCUACUUACGGGUCUCACGGUCACACGGUACACGCCGUCCGUCGCCCGCUACAAGAUGCUCGUGCACGCCAAAGACAAGGGAAACGACGACAGGUUUCACAUCUUGAAGUCAGUGAGGGCUCGGCGACUUGUCGACGGUUUGAGCAGCCUUAAGUAUAGGGUCCUGGAACGGGAGUUACGGCCCCUCUACACGUGGAUCCUGGCCAGCGUGAAUGCCACAGAGAUAAUGAAUGACGAAUCAAUACACGAGCUCGUCCAACCGCCGAAGAAGCUGCCGCGGCACAGUCUGACAAGCAAACACAGUCAAAACAUCAGCGAACAACAGAAAUCUGGACCAGUGAAAAUGAAAGCUCAACAAAAGCCUAAAGUUGUUAAGAAACCAGUAGUGAUAAAACAAAAUAAUGUCCAAAAGAAACCAACAAAUAAGUUACCAAAGAAGCCAAUGGAUGCUGCGAAGAGAAAACUCUUGCAGAGAAAAUUGAAUCCUUCUGUUAUAAGCUGGGUUCCAAAAGAGUUUAAAGGGCAAUUGCCAACUAACUUAAGUAAAGUAGAACCUUUACCAAUUAUCAAGAAAGUAAAAGUUCCGGCUAAAAAGAGCGAAAGCACUAACAAUAAAAAGUAUUCAAAUAAAAUACAAUCUGAAAUAAAACCAGUCCAGGUAGAAGAAAAGACAAUACAUCAUAGUGAAAAUGAUACGGAGAGACCAACUCCUUCAAAUCAUACUGAAAGAGUGAACACUAGCAAUGCUUUACAUGCUGCUCAAGAUAAAAUUGCAAGAUCGAGUGGAGAGAUAAUGAAGAGCCUUCUUGAACAACAUUUAGAAUUGUACAGACAGCUUCAUUCCAGUGAUAAUGUAAGGUAGUGGGCAUGGUGUGAGCACAUGACAGUAAAUAGCAAUCAGUAUUAAUAUGAUUCAGGAGCAUCCUGUGAUUUUAUUUGCAAGCAUAUUGUGAUACAUGUAUGUGGGUUGGGUUAGGGUUAUUAAAAAUGUGCUGUACUUUUUAAGGUCACAUGUACAAGUGAGCAAGAAUAAAACACUGUGCAUGUGAGUGGUCUAGUGGUAUAGAGUUCAGCUCUCACCAGAUGUUAUUGGUUCGAUACCCUCCAGGGUGAUAGGGUUCUUGGUGUCCGCCUCACCCAAGAUGCCAUAUGUUCAAUCCCCACCAGGGCUAGAGGGGUCUUGGUGUCCGCCUUUCACCCAAGAGGCCAUGUGUUCAAUCCCAACCAGGGAGACGGGUCUUGGUGUCUGCCUUUCAUUCAAGAGGCCAUGUGUUCAAUCCCAACAAGGGCGAGAGGGGUCUUGGUGUCCGCCUUUCAUCCAAGAGGCCAUGUGUUCAAUCCCCACCAGGGCGAGAGAGGUCUUGGUGUCAGCCUCUCACCCAAGAGGUCAUGUGUUCAAUCCCGACCAGGGCAAGAGGGGUCUUGGUGUCCGCCUCUAACCCAAGAGGCCAUGUGUUCAAUCCCGACCAGGGCGAGAGGGGUAUUGGUGUCCGCCUCUCACCCAAGAGGCCAUGAGUUCAAUCCCCACCAGGGUAAGAGUCAGCUCGAUGUUAGCCGCUCACCAACGUGGAUGUGGAUUCGAUACGCACUAGGGAAGUUUUCUAACGGCCUCUCAGAAAGGAUAUCAGUGCUGGUUUCUACCAAGACAAGGGACUAGAUAGCGAUCCAUAUUGGCUUUCAGCUGUUUUUACAGUCAAACUUAAACUGACAUACAAAGAUUCAGAUUUGAUUAAUGGACGUUACAAGGUCAAAGCCGUCUUCAAUGAGGCACAACCUAGGAUAUACAUUGAAGUUCAAGUAGUUGGUUUAUUCUGAAUGGUGUAUGCUCUGAACUCUAUGAUUGGAAAGAAGCUACUGGACAAUGCCAAAUGAGUUUGGAAGCAAAAUAUGUUCAGCAAGUUUUAGAUGGUAACACACAACGGGUUUAAGAUUUUGAAGAAGGAGUUUUAGUUUAGUAAAAUGUGUUCAGGAGUUUUAGGUUAAUUAGAUUGUACACAGGGUUUCUUAGUUGUUUGAUAAAAUGUGUUCAGUAUUUGAAGUAAGUAAAGUAACAUUUAUUUAAGUUAAGUAAAACAAUUUGAGUAUUAUACAAACUGGGGCAUAGAAGUAAACGUUGCUUAAACGAAAAUAGUAGUAUUUUGAAAAAGAUGUGGUUUGAAAAGAACCAUAGUUAUGAGUCAUGAAUUUAUGGUAACGAAACUGUCGUCGUUGUAAGUGAUUUUAAUUAUCUUGGAAGUACUUGACAUUACACUUGUAACAAAUUAACCUUUUUACGAAGGCUUUGUGCAGGUAGGCGUUGAAAGCUAUGAAUGCGUUGUUACGUAAAUUUAAACGUUCGGGGCUUUAAAUAGUAAGUGUAAACAGAAAACAUCCAUCUUAAACUUUGAAAAACUUUACUUGGUAUUAGACAAUCCUCUAACAUUGUUGCCAUAUAUAUAAACAUGACACCGAAGACUUUGCAUUCAGAAACCUUUGUGGUUUUGAAAAUAAUAAACGAAAAUGGUUUGCUAACGUUCAACAAAUUUAGCUAGGUAAGGAUUUUUAGGAGAACGAAAAUGUUGCCACUGUAGAUGCUGAUGUUUUUAUUUCAUUGUUUAAACAAAGAGUAAUUGAUGAUUUUUUUGACAAAUGCACGAAUGAAUACGGUAGUGGCAAGUACUUAGAGAAUAUUAUUUUAAGACAUGUUAGUGUUGCUCUUAAAAAAACUUCGCGUGUCUGCUCAUAGUCUAAGAGUACUUACUGGAAGGUUUGGUCAAAAUAGAAUAGAAAGACAUUUUCGUUAGAUUUUUUUCUGUUAGAUUUUUUUACUUCAAAUGUCGUUGAAGAUAAAUAUAAUUUUAUCUUUAUUGGCCCUUUUUAUCAACAAAUGAGAGAGAAAUGUAUAAAGCGUUCUUAUAGACAACGACCUAGUAUGUUUAAAUUUGUACAAUUACUGUCAUCAGAAAAUGAGUCUGAAAUAUUUGUUAAGUAAAUAUGUAUGCGAAGCUUCAGAAGCCUCAGAGGCGCCUGCAUCACAUGUAAUGAAAUGAGAUAUUUUGUCUAUAUUUAUUACACUGUUUUUAUUGUGUUACUAUUAACAAUGUUUUUGACUAAACACUCGAUACAACAAUAUUAUAUGAUAAGAAAACAUGUUUUAUGUCCUUUACCUGGUGAAAUGUUUAAAAUCAUAUAUUCAAUAUAAGAUCCAUUUUACCUAUAGUGCUAUAACCUUAUGUCUUGAUGUUUGAUUUUUUACAUCAUCAUAAUCGUCAUCAUCAUCAUCCUCAUCAUCCUCUUCAUCAUCAUCCACCUCCUCUUCCUCCUCCUCCUCCUCCUCCUCAUCAUCAUCAUCGUCGUAGUCGUCGUACUUAUUGUUGAAAUUUUAUUUAUUAUCUAGAAUAUUUAAGAAUAAAAAAGAAGAUUCGUU